AUGCUUUACCACAUCUUUUGGCGAAAAUUAAUCAUCCUGUGAAGCCAGCUUAAGAGUCUGAAUAACGUCAACGAAUACAAGAUUUUUCAUUGAAACUGAUUUAAAUGUUUCAUUUGUUACAAUGAACUUCAAAAUGAUGUCAAAAUAUGAUUUCAAAAAAAGAUAGGGUUAUUUUUCACCUAAAUUUUCAUACCUAACAUGAGAUUGGAAUGAACUGUGAAGCAAUUGAAGAUUGUCGAACUUUUACCAUGGCUGAAUCUUAUGGAUUACCCGGAGGCUUUAGUUUUAGAUCAAUACAGAAAACACUUCUAAAUACCCUUAUAUCUGUAAGAGCGCCUAUUGUCGAUUAUCAAGAAGCCAGAGGAGUUUCCAGAGAUGAAAAAGUCACAUUCCUCAAUCUUAUGACGUCUCUAUGUACGCAUGCCUACACAGCUGCAAUCACAAUACUGGUAAUGUUAUGGAACUUGGCGCCACUUCUAGACGGUUUCGUUUAUUUCACAAGAUUCGCCCUGGACAAAAUGAUUGAUAUACUGGAAACUGAUGAUCCCAAAGAGAAGGCAUUAAAGGCAGCAAUGUUUACAGGAGAAAUCAUAGUAAUAUGUUUUCUCAUGUUUAUGAUAGUGGGGCUAAUAUUUUUACCAGUAUUUGUACUUAUUUCAAAAAUAUUUUCCAAAAUUUGGACUAUGAUUUCUUGGUGAUUAUUCAAAAUAUAUUAUACCAACUGCUAUUUGUUUAAUUAUACUGAUC